UACAUUGUUUACUACAGUUGUACUGAAUCUGACGUCUGCUUAAAAGUUUGGUCCAAUGUUUUAGAAAGCUCAUUUAAAAGCUAUUUAUUUUGAUGAGAUAUAUUUUAUUUGGAUGAUAGAGCAAAUUUUAAAUUAAUUAUUGUCUUACAGUUCAGUCUUUUUUAUUAGAAAAAAAUCUAUAAUAUAAUGAAAUUCAUAAUAAUCAGAAAUGUUCAAGAUUUUUUAAAUAUAAUUAAUCUUUGAAAAUGAAUCCUUUUGGUUCUGCUGAUAAUAUAACAGUUGAUGGAACAUCUGUUAAAUUGCCUAUUUCUACUGGAAACCCUGCUUCAUUAUCCCCAACAGCAACAUUUCAGAAACCAUAUUGGAUGCCUGAUGAAGAAGCAGAUUCUUGUUUAAACUGUGGGAUGAAAUUUUCCCAAUUCAGACGUAAACAUCACUGCAGGAAUUGCGGAAAAAUAUUUUGCAGUAAAUGUUGCUUAGAAAAAAUUUCUUUACCUCAUUUUGGUAUUAAUGAACCUGAAAAAGUAUGCAAUAACUGCAAGUUAACUGUAGAAUUAAUGAACAAAGCAAAGUCUUCUGAUAUAGAAGUGAGGUAUGAAGCAGUUAUUGGUCUAUCUAGUAUGCUAAAAAAUACUGCUGGCUUAAGCAAGGUAGUUGAAUGUGGUGGAAUUAACACUAUGUUAUCUAUAGCAUUAAAUGGAAAUGACAAAAUUAAGAUUGCAGUAGCAUCUGCAUUGCAUUGCUUAGCUCAGAGUAUGAUGUUCAAUUCAUUUCUUGUGGAAGUAGGGUGCUUGAAGGUUCUGAAAAAUUUCUUAUCUUCUAAUUCAGACUGCACUGAACUUAUUAGUGACUCUUUAAGCACUUUGAAUUUGCUUUGCAUGGAUGCAAACAUAAGAAUUGAAGUGUUAAAAGAAGGUAUGAUUGAGGCUUUACUUGCUGUGGUUGUUUCUUCUUCUGGAGUGAUUUCUGUAUUUGCAUCACGAGUACUUCAGUUAUUAAUGUGUAAUUUUGAAUAUCAUGAAUUUAUUUUGAAGAAUCAUAGAGGAAUCAUUUCAGAACUUUUUGAUGCUUUAGAAAAUGAAGACUUACAAAUGCAAGCCUGUGUUACCAAAAUUUUAAUGUAUUUUUCUGCUGGAUCUCUUCCUUUUAGGGAAAUGAUAAUCAAGGAGGAUGUUUCAAGAGAUUUUCCUUUAUUAUUUUUAUUAAAAGGUUCUAGUCAAGGUGUUUUAGUUCAUGUUGCCUGUAUUGUAGCAAAUCUUGCUAUAUCAGUAAAUGAGAAUUACAUGAAUCAUUACAUAACUGGGAUGUGUGGAUUGCUUGCAUGUGUUAAGCAAGAAAAUGAAGAAUUGCUGUCUCAGAUUGGAAGAGGCCUUGCAAAUUUUGCAGAAAGUUCUUCAAGUGCCUUACAUAUGAUUCAUCAUUUGCCAGUUAUAGUAUCAAAUCUUCUAAAGUCAUCGUUUGAAGCACCAAGGGUACAUGCAUGCCGUUUAAUAGUACUUCUUUUUCAAUCUGAGCUUCCUGUUGCUUUAGAUGUUCUUUCUCAAUCAGGCUUGGAUGAAUUUAUAGCAACAAUAUUUGAUUUACCAGGUAUUACAGAUACUAUAAACAAUUUGUUUUUAAGAAAAGUUUCUCGCCUGUCAGUGUGUAAAAAGUAAUUCUGAGAAAAUGCAACAAAACUGGAUAAAUUUUCAGCUUCGCUAUGAUUCUCUUGAGACCACAUUUAUACAAUAAGGAUAACUAUUUGAGAAUUCUGUGAUAUUCCGUUAUGUUAAAAUAUUUUUGGAAAUUUUUAACUUAAAUUAUUAUUUUUGAAAAUAUAUAUGAUCAAUGAAUAGUAUUUAAAGUUAUGUUACUUAUUUAAUAUAAAAGCAGCAAUUUCUUUUUGAUAAAAUUUAAUUUCAUGUUAUAUAGAGUUUUGCUCCUUUU